CUGAAAGUUGCCAGUUAGCAAGUUCCAGGCAGCCAGAAGCUAGGAUAAGCAUCCCAGGCCUGCCACCUAAGCGCUGCAGAAAGAUAGAGAAAGGCGAAAGACCGGAGGGCUGUCAACCCAGACAGCACUAAAAGAGAGUAUGGUGCGAGUCACCUUCCACAAGCUGCAAACGACAAAGAGCCCCCCGGGCCGCUGCUCCCACUCGGCCACAGCCGUAGACAACGGCGUACUAAUACUAGGAGGCGGCCGCGCGAACGACGGCUCGUCGAACGGCCAGCCCGCGUUCGUCCACUUUUGCGACGCCUGGUUCCUGGACCCGCAGGACGCGCAGUGGCGCGAACUGACGAUCGAGAGCCCAUUUACCGCGCGGCGGGGCCACUCCGCCUUGCUGCACGAGCGACAACUGAUAGUCUUCGGCGGCGUCGCCGACAGCGGCGCGGGCGGCCCCGUGGAGCGAUUGAUAGAGGGCGACCAGCAGCUCGUUGUUUUUGAUGUGGACCGAGACGUGACACGGCUCUCGCGCACAAUGAUGGAAACGACGGGCGCGCCGCCGCGGCCGCGACGGGCCCACGCCGCCUGGCUCUCGGGCCAUACGAUGCUCGUGUACGGGGGCUUCAUGCAGACGCUCCAGGAAAUACAGGAGGGCGUGCUCGACGCCAUCGACGCGGCGUCGGCGCUCCACGCCUUGGACCUGGCGACGUGGACGUGGUCGCGCGUCGACGCGCGGCCGCCGAUGCGACCGCCCGCGGCCGUGGGAGGCCGAGACGCGUCGGAGGAGUGGGCGCGCCGAGCCUCGCGCGGCGUCGCCCUCGCGGGGUGCUGCUCCCUCAGAGGUAUUUCUGUGCUUGUUGGUGGUGUUAGUUCUACGGUCGGAGUCGGCGGCGGCGUGCUCGGCUAUUCCGCGGGGCAGUGGACCAAUUUUAGGGACGCCGGGUCGAGGCGCCACCUCGUCCCUGUCGACGGAGAGGCUUGGACGCCGCGCUGCUCGCCGGCCUGUGCGGCGUACGGUGACCGCUUCGUGGUGCUCUUCGGCGGGUCGGCGGUGCCGCAGGACAUUAACGACGCCGCCCGGGACCUGAACGACGUUGUUGUGUUCGACGUCGCCGCCCCGCGGGCACCGGCCUGGCGGGCCGCGAACAAGGAAUCCCUUCAGGUGACCGGCAUUGGCGGGCAUCCAGAGGGCCUGCUAACGAUCGAGCGCUGCAACGCCACGGGCGCGGUGGUGGAGACGUUGCAUACAUUUGAACUGCUAACGGUCGCGCGGGCCACGUUUGAUCAACUGAGCGAGACCGGAAUGACGACUGCCGGCUGGCUCGAGCUGCGUCACGGGCCGGAUGUCCUGAAGACGACGGAGUGGCGCGUCCGGACGCCUACGCCAUUCGAACGGAACGCCGCGUCGCUGACAUCUAUCAAAACUGUGGGCGGCGAGGAGGCGCUUGUGUUGUUUGGUGGAGGCGUCUAUCCGGACAGGUAUUACGACGACACGCACAUUUUACAUUUGGAGGACUUGCCGGCCGCGUCGGCAGCGCCGGCGCGACCCCCGCCGCCGUUGGCGAAUCUGUGUCAGACCGCUGUUGCUGGGGAAAUUACUGACGACAACGUGUUCGAAAUGCUGAUGUUCGCCGACGACCGCCAGUUGGCCGACCUGCGCACGGCUUGUUUGAAACAUGUCCAGCUGCGCUGGAGUUCGAACCUUCGUCACUGGUGGCACAAUGCGCACAACGCGUCGCCCUUCCCUGGCAAGCGACCAGCAGGCGUACCAGGCGCCGACGCCGCGUUGCAGGCCCCGUCCCUCAAAAGCGACGUCGAACGCGCGCUCCGGGGCAUCUGAUGUUUGUGUGUUCAAGUUCCUAAUUUUACAUGUAU